AUGGUGCGGUUUCGUGGGACUUGGGAAUCAACAGGAGAGUUCAAGACCAUGUGGUCAGAGAUAAGCUCCCUCCUUAGUUUGUUUGAUGGUUUCCCUUCGGAGGACAGUAAUGAUGAAGAUUAUAGAGUGUGGCUGGGGACUAAUACAAAUGGGAAGUUUACUGUGAAGUCGUGUUAUUUUUGGCUGAUUUCCGACUGUCCGUCUCCGGAGAGGUUGGUCCCUCCUAACAAGAUUUGGUCAAAAUACUGGCCAACCAAGGUUAGUUUCUUCGUGUGGGUGGCAAGUUUGGAAAAGAUUUCAACUCAAGAUUUAAUCUGUAGGAGAGGUUGGUAUAAAGAAUGGGUGAAUCAUUGUUACAUGUGUGUACGGGAUGGUGAAACAGCUAACCAUCUUCUCAUACAUUGCGAUGUGGCGUGGCGUAUUUGGGGCAUUUUUCUUAAGGGUUGGAACAUCAAGUGCGCAACUCCCCCUGACAUUAUAACUCUAAUCUCUAGUUGGCCUAGCUCGAGGAGGAAUGGUUUGGUGCUGAAAGUGCUUCCUGCUGCUAUCAUUUGGAAUUUAUGGGAGGAAAGGCUAAGGGCCUUCCAAGGUGUCAGUAAGGAGGUGGUGGGUAUUGUGGAUGUAGUGAAGCUGACGGUGGCGUACUGA